AUGUCGGCUGCAAGACCACAUGACUUGACAAUCGGAUUGUUGGGGACAGAGGUCCCAAAGAAUAGUCCUAUUGUACAAUGGAACUAUGGACACACUACAAUAUUGCCAGCAGUGUAUGACAGUCACAAUAUCAAUGUCUGCAACACUAUCGACAUCCCAAUCAUCAAAUACCUUGCUCAAUGUCCAGCGUCUUCACUGGAUUCAAAAUAUGUGGUUCACAUCUCCAAUAAUGACCUUCCAAUACACAACAUGCUGGAUCCAAUCAGCAACUCACUGAGUAAAACAAAUGUCAUGGCCCAUGCAAUCGAUCAUACAAGGGUAACUAAGGCGGGGCUUCUCAAAGAUUUCUUCAAAUUCAUGAAGGAUCUAGAAGCGAUACAAUGUGUGUUGGACAUUCCACUCAUGCAGGCAUCACUCCCAGAUGCCUUGAAAAAUCUCGAUCAUGGCCUUAUUCAUGGGUGGAACCACACAACAUAUAACAUCCCAAUCUCAUCCAAGGUACAUCCAGAAAACUUCACUGUCAAGGGGUGGGCUCUCCUACACCACGCUGGAUUCUUGACAUAUCCUCAUCACAAUGUGGAGGGGGCCUUGACAUGGGUGAGGAUGGAAGUAGGUGUCAAGUUUUGGGUCGUAUUUUGGCUAAAGAAUUGA